AUGAGUCUUGACAGCCAUCGCCCGGCAUGGUUCCAACACCACCAAAAACGGGUGAUCCCCAACCAUUUGGAGGCCAAGAAGAAGCUGCUGUUUCAGAUCCUGAGUGAUGACAAGAAACUGACCACUACCCAGAAGCUGGUGGUCGACGAUGGCUUCAACCUCCUCACGUUUGGCAGCAGCCAACGAGGCGACAAACUGACGAUCUUUGACGACCUGCGGAUGGAUGAUACGAUUAGUGAACACGCCGAAGAAGUGGCAUUCGGUGACGAUCAACCGCCGCUGCGCUCGAUCCAUGACUUAACCCAAGAAGUGCUAUUAAGCAAGCCCCGGCAAAAAGUGGACUCGCUGCUCAACAAAGACCCUGCCCGUUUCCCUCUGGUAUUUCUGGCACCUCUGCCCACCACCAAAGAACCCAAGUCACAACGUCCUGAGAAACAAGAGCUGGCAGUCAUUGUGUUCGGCUACUCCGAAUCUCGUAGUCGCGAAGUGAUCGCUUACUUCAGCGAAGUCGGCAAGAUCUUGGAACCGUUUGAUUUGAACGGCACCACCACCAUGCUUACUCAACUUGCCGAUCGUAAUCGACAGGUACCGAUUUUCUGUGGACCCACUUGGGUGAAGAUUACCUACGAAGACAGAGACCAAGCACUGGAUGCUUUGAAGCGGAAUGGUAAAGCUUUCAAUGGCGAGUUCAUUGGGGUCAUCCCCUACUCCAAAGACGCGUUGGAGGCUAUACAAAACCGGCAAUUAGAUCCUAAUGAGGAUAGAGGAGCCUGGGAUCUCAAGUUGGUCAACCGAAAGCCCAAUGACGACAAUGCGGCGGCGAUGCUGCCCCCACUGCUUGCACUGACGCUUGAAAUGAAGGAUGGACUGAAGCUCUUCUUGAAAUCCGACGCAUCGCUUACGAAGCCUGAUGAUAAGACUAAGAUGGGGUGGGUCGAGAGCGCAAAGAAUUGGUUCUUUGGAUUCUACGAAUUAUAG